AUGGAAGAUUGGGAAGAAGCCCAUGAAGCUGUGAAGGCUGACAUUAACGAGCUGAAGGAUCAAGUGGGCCAAAUCCUAGAGGCUUUGAAGUCACUGAAGGCUUUAGGGGAGGCCUCAUCCGCUAGGGUCGAGGAGAAUGCUCAUUCUUAUGGUACGCCUCUAGGCACGUCAGUUCCGUUCCCAAUGUACGGUCUGCCUCCGGGAUACACUCCUCCAGUUGGAGAAUAUUCAGAUGCAGAACAAACUUCUUUCUCUUUUCCUGUAGCUAACAACACACUAUCGAACGGUACUCAAGGGUCGAUGUUAGCUUCGACACCCGUGACAGGAACGGAUAUGAAUGAGACAGUCACAUUCACAGGACCGAGGAUGACUGUGGCGCCCCAGCCUUCGAAAACAUUCAUCGAUGCAGAUGCUGCGACUAAAGAUGCACCACACGCUACAGUCCAAGCAAUAUCCACUGUUGUUGAUGGGGCUAAAAGUAAGCUUGAAAUUCUUGAGGAAAGGAUUCGUGCCAUUGAGGGUGGUGGAAGCUAUGGGUUUGGUGAUGUGGCGAGAUUAAGCCUGGUUCCUGGUGUGAUGAUACCACACAAGUUUAAGGUCCCAGAAUUUGAAAAGUAUCACGACACCACAUGCCCUAAAAGCCAUCUGACAAUGUACGGUAGAAAGAUGGCUGCUUAUGCCUAUGAUGAAAAAUUGCUAAUACAUUGUUUCAAAGAUAGUUUGGCUGGGGUAGCAUUGAAUUGGUAUACACACUUGGAGCCAUCUCGAGUUCAUUCCUGGAUGGAUUUGGCCGACGCCUUUGUGAAACAGUAUAAAUACAACACAGAUAGUGCGCCAGAUAGAUUGUAAUUGCAAAACAUGGCCAAGAAGGAUACUGAGUCCUUCAAGGAAUAUGCACAAUGGUGGAGAGAGUUGGCUGCUCAGGUGGAGCCACCUCUACUUGAUAAGGAGAUGGUGGCGACGUUUGUAAACACGCUGCAAUCACCAUUUUAUGAGCAUGUGUUGGGGAAUGUGUCUUCCAAUUUCGCUGAUAUCAUUAUCAUAGGGGAAAGAAUAGAAAUCGGGUUAAAAAGUGGAAAGAUUGCAUAUGGCCCAUUCGUGGCUGCAACUCCUAAGAAAUCCAAUUUUAUUCCCGGAAAGAAGAAAGAAGCGGAAGUACAGGCAGCCUCAGUGAUGCCUAUGUGGGAAAGUCGGGCUCCUACACAUAAUUAUCGACCACACUUGAACCAACCUCCUUAUGUGGCCAAUGCAGUGUCUGUUCAUCAAACACGACCUCAGCAGCAAGGGUUUUAUCAACCGUCGAAUCUUUAUCAACCACAACAUGCUCCAAAUAAUGCUUGGAAAACCGAACCUAACUCGAAUUUCAACAAAAACGCGGGACAAAACGCUAAUCUAAGGAGGAAUCAAGAGAGGAACUUCGUUCAUUUCACUCCUAUUCCUAUGUCAUACGAAAUUGUUACCUCAUCUCCUCCAAAAGCGUUUGGUGGCCAUUUGUCCGAUGAAGCCUGUGCAACCUCCGUGGAAGCUUUAAUUAACUCAGGAUGGAUAAAGUUCCACGAAGACAAGCCCAGUGUUGAGGCUAAUCCCCUUUCUGGUCUUGGGAACCCUUCGACAAAUGCCAUUGAGGUUAAGAAACACUGCCUGGUGAGGGAUGUGAGUGAAAUCCGAAGCUCCAAGCGGUUUAUUUUUGAGACACUAUUGAAAUUGGGUUUGUUAAAAGGGGAAUAUAACCUAAGUGAAAAGUGUGGAUUCCAUCCGAGUGCUAAACCUUCUAUCGAUGAAUGCACCGAGUUCGAGAAUGUUCUACAAAAUCUUAUAGACAGAAACUUUGUGCAAGUAUGUCACGGACACAUGGAGGAUGAAGUAUUUGCACAAGAUGGUGCGGAACCCGGUGUGACUUUGCCAGAGCCAUUAGUGAUUCAUUUCACUAGAUCCACCUUUACCCCGACAAUUCAAGAAAGGCAAUCUAUUAUUAUCCAAAAACCCUCCCCAUUUCCCUACAAAAGUGAGAAGACUGUCCCAUGGAAAUAUGGUGCAUACGUGUUGGGUGAGGAACAACGGGUAGGUGGUCAACCUAUCAGUGGUGAGUCAGUGGUGAAAAAUAUAUCAGGCAUCGGUGGAAUUACGAGGAGUGGUCGAAUCUUUACGCCUCCAAACUUGAUGAAAGAUGGAGUUGGCAAUAGUGAAUUAGUGAAUACCAAAAAGGUUAAGGAACUCUUGAAAGGGAAGACCAUCCAAACCGACAAGGGUAUAAGAAGAGAUGAUGGGAAAGAAGUAUCUGAUGAGGAGGCUUGCGAGUUCUUGAAGUUCAUACAACAAAGCGAGUAUAAAGUGGUCGAACAGUUGAAUCGCUUGCCUGCUCGAAUCUCGCUUUUAGAACUACUCAUGCAUUCAACCUCUCAUAGAAAGUUGUUAAUGAAGAUACUCAAUGGAGCGCAUGUGGAGCAAAAUAUUUCUCUAGACAGUUUUGAGGGAAUUGUUAACAAUAUCACUGCUAACAAUUACCUCACGUUUACCGAUGAGGAGAUACCUACUGAAGGGAGGGGACACAACAAGGCCCUCCAUAUCUCUGUAAAAUGCUUGGAUCAUGUCAUAGCACGUGUAUUAAUCGACAAUGGAUCUUCCCUAAAUGUAAUGCCGAAAACAACAUUGGGGAAGCUACCGUGUGAAGGUAUUCACAUGAAACCAAGCGCAAUGAUAGUGAGAGCUUUCGAUGGGAGUAAAAGAGAAGUGAUGGGAGAGGUAGAAUUGCCAAUCCAAAUAGGGCCAUGUGUCUUUCAAAUAACUUUCCAAGUGAUGGACAUCCUUCCAGCAUACAACUGCUUGUUGGGUCGUCCUUGGAUUCACUCAGCGGGCGUGGUACCUUCGACCUUGCACCAAAAGUUAAAAUAUGUCAUGGGUGACAAAUUAGUGAUUGUUUCAGGGGAGGAAGACAAUUUAGUGAGUAGGCCUUCAUCUUCUCGCUAUAUUGAAGCAACGAAGGAAGCCCUCGAGACAGCCUUCCAAUCUUUGGAAAUUGUGGGAAAUGCCUAUGUGGAGCCCUUUCCAAUGCACCCACACUUGUCGCGUACUUCCCUUAUGACGGCCAAGGUCAUGUUGAAAGAGGGAUAUGAGUACGGAAAGGGGCUAGGCAAGUACGAGCAAGGAUUGAUGUAUCCUUUAGAAGUCACCGAGAAAAAGAAUAAAUACGGCCUUGGAUACAAGCCUACUAGAGAGGAUAAGAGGAGGCUGGCGGAAGAAAGGAGAGAGCGCGGUGUGGCUCGAAUCCAAGGAAAAGAACUGGCAUUAGGAAAGAUUCGCAUCUGCGACAUCAAAGAUAGCUUCCGCAACGCGGGAUGGAUCAACUCUAGUCAGAUAGCAGCUGUCAGAGAUGAAAAUGAACCUGAAAGCUCAAUUUUUGUGCGGCCUUGUGCUCCAAACGCGCUACUCAACAAUUGGGCGACUUUGGAUCUACCCGUGAUGUUUAAUUUGGUUAAAAUAUAUGAUAAUGAAUGUUUUGAAAAUAACAAUGUCGAUAUCCCUAAUUUUGAGCACCCUGUCAAUAAUAUGGAAGAUGAUUAUGAAGGUGAUUUGGAACCCUCCCCUGAACUAAUUAGAUUAGUGGAACAAGAAUCUAGGGAAAUAAAACCCCAUCAAGAAGAUGUUGAAGUGCUUGACCUAAGCGAGGGGGAUGAAAAGAAAGAAGUGAAAAUUGGCACGAGUAUGAAGAAAGAAGUGAAAGAAGAAUUGUGUGUGCUGCUAAAGGAGUUUAGGGAUGUGUUCGCUUGCUCGUACAACGAUAUGCCUGGUUUAGAUAUUGAUAUAGUACAACAUAAGCUUCCACUCAAACCGGAAUGCCCUCCAGUCAGACAAAAGCUAAGAAGGAUGAAACCAGAAAUGUCAUUAAAGAUUAAAGAAGAAGUGCAAAAGCAAUUUGACGCUGGAUUUCUAGCUGUGGCAAAAUACCCUCAAUGGGUGGCAAAUAUUGUACCCGUGCCCAAGAAGGAUGGGAAGGUUCGGAUGUGCGUUGACUAUCGAGAUUUGAACCGGGCGAGCCCAAAAGACAACUUCCCAUUACCGCACAUCGAUACAUUAGUGGAUAAUACAGCCAAGUUCUCACUAUUUUCGUUUAUGGAUGGCUUCUCGGGAUAUAAUCAGAUUAAGAUGGCACCUGGGGAUAUGGAAAAGACCACGUUUAUCACAUUGUGGGGGACAUUUUGCUAUAAGGUGAUGUCUUUCGGGCUUAAGAAUGCUGGGGCAACCUAUCAAAGGGCCAUGGUGGCACUUUUUCAUGAUAUGAUGCACAAAGAAAUUGAGGUUUAUGUAGAUGACAUGAUCGCCAAGUCUGAGUCAGAAGAAGAACACAUCCUCAACCUAAGGAAAUUAUUUGAGAGAUUGAGGAAAUUUAAACUUAAGCUAAACCCAGCUAAAUGCACAUUCGGUGUGAGAUCUGGAAAGUUGUUGGGUUUUAUUGUCAAUCAAAAGGGGAUAGAAGUCGAUCCCGACAAGAUGCAUGCGAUAAUCGAAAUGCCUGCUCCCAGUACAGAAAAAGAGGUACGGGGUUUCUUGGGCAGACUGAACUACAUUGCUAGGUUCAUCUCCCAGUUAACCACCACUUGUGAACCGAUAUUCAAGCUAUUGCGUAAAAAUCAGGUUGUUAAGUGGAAUGAAGACUGUCAGACUGCUUUUGACAAAAUUAAACAAUAUCUACAAGAUCCUCCUGUGUUACGCCCACCCGAACCAGGGAAGCCACUCAUUAUGUAUUUGACGAUACUCGAUAAGUCAAUGGGUUGUGUGUUGGGUCAACAUGACAAAACUAGAAAAAGAGAGCAUGCCAUAUACUACCUGAGCAAGAAGUUCACGGAAUGUGAACAACGAUACUCGUUUUUAGAGCGAACUUGUUGCGCAUUGGCAUGGGCUGCCCAUCGCCUAAGACAAUACAUGUUGAGUCAUUCUACCUGGUUGAUAUCAAAGACUGACGCUAUCAAGUAUAUUUUUGAAAAGCCCGCUCUCACUGGAAGAAUAGCCCGGUGGCAAAUGCUAUUGUCAGAAUACGACAUUGUGUAUGUCACUCAGAAGUCCAUCAAGGGUAGUGCUUUGGCUGAAUAUCUGGCCCAACAACCCGUUAACGAUUAUCGGUCAAUGCAACCCGAAUUUCCUGAUGAGGACAUCAUGACCUUGUUUGAAGAUGACCAAGAAGAUGAGAACAUAAAGAAAUGGACGUUAUUAUUCGACGGGGCUUCUAACGUCAUGGGACAUGGUAUAGGGGCAAUACUAAUAUCUCCAGAAAACCAAUACAUUCCAAUGACAGCAAGGUUGUGUUUUAAUUGCACAAACAAUAUUGCUGAAUAUGAAGCAUGCGCUAUGGGCAUCCAAGCCGCGAUUGAGUCAAAGGCAAAAUUUUUGAAUGUAUAUGGAGAUUCAGCGUUGGUUAUCCAUCAACUAAGGGGAGAAUGGGAAACUAGGGAUCAGAAGUUGAUUCCCUACAAAACUUAUAUCAUGGAAUUGGUGGAAUAUUUUGAUUUCAUUAAAUUCCACCAUAUUCCGCGAGAGGAUAACCAAUUGGCAGAUGCCUUAGCUACUUUAUCAUCGAUGUUCAAGAUUAAUCAGGAUGGGGUAAUGCCGAUGAUCCAAAUGAAAAGCCAUGAAGGGCCAGCAUAUUGCCAAUUCAUCGAAGAAGAGUUAGACGGUAAGCCUUGGUAUUUUGAUAUUAAACGGUAUAUAAAAACCAGAGAAUACCCUGAAGAAGCAUCUGAGAAUGAUAAAAGGACACUGAUAAGGUUGGCUGCAAAUUUUAUCCUGAGUGGGGAUGUGUUGUACAAGAGAAAUCAUGAUAUGGUUCUCCUUCGAUGCGUGGAUGCCAAAGAGGCCGAGUCAAUAUUGGAGGAAGUUCAUGAAGGAACUUUUGGCACACACAUGAAUGAACACUCGAUGGCUAGGAAGAUCUUGAGGGCUGGUUACUUUUGGUUGACUAUGGAGAAUGAUUGUUGUACACACGUGAGAAAGUGCGAGAAAUGUCAGAAAUAUGCAGAUAAUAUUAAUGCGGCACCUACUACUUUAAACUUAAUGUCUACCCCAUGGCCGUUUUCAAUGUGGAGGAUAGAUGUCAUCGGGGCUAUAGAGCCAAAAGCCUCAAACGGACAUUGCUUCAUUCUAGUUGCAAUUGAUUAUUUCACUAAAUGGGUGGAAGCUGCUUCCUACGCUAGUGUGACUAGGAAGGUUGUGACUAAAUUCAUAAAAAGAGAGUUAAUUUGUAGGUACGGGUUGCCUAGCAAGAUAAUCACUGAUAAUGCCACCAAUCUGAACAAUCAAAUGAUGGCCGAAUUGUGUGAAGGAUUUAAAAUUCAACAUCAUAAUUCUUUUCCUUAUCGUCCAAAGAUGAAUGGGGCAGUCGAGGCUGCUAAUAAGAAUAUCAAGAAGAUUGUACAGAAAAUGGUGGUCACGUAUAAAGACUGGCAUGAGAUGCUUCCCUUUGCUUUGCAUGGGUAUCGCACCUCAGUACGUACAUCAACUGGGGUAACACCUUUUUCUCUGGUGUACGAAAUGGAGGCAGUACUACCCUUCGAAGUAGAAAUCCCAUCCCUACGAGUGUUAAUGGAGACCCAGUUGGAAGAUGCAGAAUGGGUUCAGGCCCGAUUUGACCAGCUUAAUCUCAUCGAGGAAAAAAGGCUAGCAGCAGUGUGUCAUGGACAGUUAUACCAAAGAAGGAUGAAAAAGGCGUUCGAUAAGAGGGUGCGCCCUAAAGAGUUUCAUGAAGGCGAGCUAGUCUUGAAAAAGAUCUUACCUAUACAAAAGGAUCAUAGGGGCAAGUGGACUCCAAAUUAUGAAGGCCCGUAUGUGGUGAAGAAAGCAUUUUCUGGUGGGGCACUAAUUCUCACAAGGAUGGAUGGAGAGGAGUUACCGUUACCGGUCAAUUCUGAUGCGGUCAAAAAGUUUUAUACAUGA